CGAUUUGGGGAUAUUGAGCUCUUAUUUCCAUAUGCCUGUGAUUCAAUGCGGUUUUCAAGGAUACUCGAAGACUCUGGUCACUGGACACUCUACGCUGGACACUCGAGAGGGUCAUCGCCCCCCCCUCGACCACCCUCUCGUAUAUGAUUUUUUUAGGUGGCACACGUCUUUGUCUUGAAGCGCCCAGGCAAUGGAGUGAGACCGGCUGGUGUGUUUGCUCCCCGAGAUCGUCAUAGUGCUUUACUCUCAUAACAGUUCGAUCACUCGGCAACCUUUAUGAGGAACUGUCAAGGUACACUAAAAACCCUUAAGGUGUCAGCAAUAUGCGCCUUUUUAUACGGAGAAGAAGGAGAACCCAGAUAGGCCUUCACAUGUCUCGGGCAAGGCACUUAGUCGACAGGCAAGCUAGAAGUUCAGCACCGUGAGCAGCUCCUUGAUAAGUCCAUGCCAAGUUCAGAGUGCCUCUUCAGAUACAUCAAGUAUUGAAAGCUGUGGUGAGCACAUAAACAGACCAUGGUAACCUUCAUUUGAAAAUCCCUUUAUAAUCAAGGGCUAGCAUUGGCUAACACAGCACCCAUAAACAAUAGCCCACCAAUUUGACCCCAGCUCCUUACUGCCGGAAAACCCAAGUCCAGCAACCAAAAGUACCAAAAAUACAUUUUUGUUUACAUUUGAACUGCACACAUGCGUUUGUUUACAAUUUCUUUCCCCGCAAAAUCUCGAAGAUCAGGUGACCUGCAAUCGUGGAUUUAAAAUAACAUUAACCUUGGUUCAGCAGGUCAACAGGUACAGGCUGUUCCAAUCAUCCAACUACAGCCAGCUGUUCAACAAGUAGUGUUAGUCAACCCACAGGAAGUGCAGGUAAUUGAUUAAUCCCCUGCAUAACUAAACAGCAAUGACUUGGCUUCUGUGAGUGAUAAGGAGAAUUGAAUUUGGAACCGAAAUCUUUCAGGUGAUGUCAGCCGCAUGAUGUUUUCAUUAAGCCAUUUCGAUAGCCCUCUAUUGAACUUCACGGCGAUUUGAAAAUACAGGCACGAGGAAAUUAUGAUCUUAUCCACAAAUAUCCGCAGAUAAAGCAAUCGCCCUACAACAGGUAACAGCGGUCAAGCAAUGAAAGUGUGGCAUCAAGAACUCCCUCUGAUCACAAUCACAGCACUGACAUCGCCUAACGAGAGGUUGGCGAUAGAUAUUCGGACCUCAUUAACUUUGCGCCAUAAAGACGAAAUGCCCAAGAAAAAGGCCCUGGUCAACAGACACUGAGUAAAAGUACACUACAACUCCUCGAUCGUGUUCGUGUACUUUUUGCUCGUCGGUUUAAACGAUCUUGAACAGCUUUGUACUCUCAGGCCUUUCACAAGACCAAUGGUACUCUCGAACUUACAAUUUAGCGGAUUAUUAUGCUUAUUUAGUACUAGGCCAACAAUGUCUGAUAAUUGGGGAAGGCAGUCGGCAGUGGAGAGGUAUCUGUGUCGGUGGGAGCAUGAGGGUGUGCGAGGUGGCUCUCUGCUUCAUACUGCUAGGGCGUCCCCAUGUGACCUUUGCAAGGACGGAGCAGCCGCAAACUACUGAGGAAUUUUCAUGGGGACUUCUUGGCCAGGAGUUACGGCGGUACCUGGGGGAGGUAAGAGCUGCCCUUUUGGCCGACCCGUACCAAAUGUUGAUCUUGACCGACAUCCCUGGUGAAGUAUCGGAGGAAUGCAGGAGAGACGUCAACCAGACCCUGGUCGACCUCAUCAAAGGCGAAUAUUAUGCCCUACAAAUGCUCGAUGCAGCGGCCAAGAUCCCAAGUGGAGUAUCGGAGGGGAUACUGAGAUUCCCGGGGGCAUAUGACACCUGUAUCAAAGUGGCGCCAGUGGUAAACAAGACUACAUUCGGCGGGAGGUACUGCACAGCUAACAUAGACCUUCAGGACAUGCUGCCCUCACAGUUAAACAGCACUGGUUCCCUAUACUCGGCGAGAAUAAUGGCCACAUACUCCCUGUGCGUGCCGGACUCGUGUGAGGAGAGUGGCGUGAUAGGGAUAAUGAAUUCAGCGCUUCAGAUUAUGCCUGUAACGUCUUCCCUGACAAUUGAAAGCGUCGACUGUGCCAUUCCAAAGCCAUUUGAGACUGGAGACAUCGUAGCAUUGUCGGUAGCAGGCUUCCUUAUACUGCUCAUGUUGGUUGGUACCGGCUAUGACAUCAUCUACAGGUGCUUGAAAACUUGGACCCUCAGAGAGCCUCCAUCAAUACCGAUUCCUGGAGAGUCUUCCGAGAUCGAGGAAAACCAGCCGCUGCUUCGCAGCUCGACGAGUUCGACACAUAGCGGUAGCCUGGAGCAAAGUGAUUCGUAUCCAGUGGAUGAACUUCCCCUCUUCUGGAGAAUUGUCCUUUGCUUCUCUGCCAUCACUAACGGAGAAAAGAUCCUCCGGACGGAAGGAGGCAGUGAGAGUAUCGGUGUCCUUCAUGGCGUCCGGGUGCUCAGCAUGUGGUGGGUCAUCCUCGGUCAUACUGUCCUCUUCAUUAUCCUCUACACUGAUAACAUCCUCACUGUUAUUGAGAUGUCCAAGAGGUUCACCUUCCUGAUAAUCACCAACGCCACAUUUUCUGUGGACAGCUUCUUCUUUCUCAGUGGUCUUCUCGUAUGUUAUCUCACCAUGAGGAAAUUAGAUGAGCACGACGGCAGCCUCAACUGGGGCUUGUUUUACUUCCAUAGAGUGUGGAGACUGACGCCUGCCCUUGGCUUUGUCGUAAUGUUCUACACUGUCAUCCUGCCUCACCUACCCCUGGUGCCAAAAGGUCCCGGGAUCGUUCAGGAUAAGUGUGCGGACUACUGGUGGACGACCUUGCUAUUCAUCAACAACCUCUAUCCUCUCGGUUUCUCUGACAUUUGUUUACAGUGGACGUGGUUCCUGUCCUGUGACUUCCAAUUCUUUCUCAUCAGCCCCCUCUUUAUAAUACUCUUAUACUUCAAACCGCGUCUGGGUGUUUUCAUCGUCUGCCUGGUGACGUUCGUGUCCGUAAUAGCCACGCUCCUCAUCUCGGAAAUGUUUGGCCAGCAGCCGUUCGCUACAAUGUUUUAUUUAGGACAAGCACCAAUUCCGCGGAACCUGUACCCGGUGGAUGGGUUUGAUUAUCUCUACUCGAAGCCCUACACGAGGAUACCGGCCUACCUAGUCGGCAUGUUCAUGGGCAUGGUGCUGUUCACUACUCAAUGCAGGAAUGCAUACAGAUUCAAAAGGGUGACCAUCAUGAUCGCUUGGAUAGUGUUUACAUCAAUCGCUCUUGCCGUUGUUUACGGUUUUUACGGCAAUAUACAAAAUGGCGUCGUAGUCAAGUACGAGCUUGCAACAUUCUAUAAUGGCGUGGCAAGGCUGGCCUGGGCGGUCAGUCUAGCUUGGGUUGUGUUUGCCAGUAUACAUGGAGCUGGAGGUCCAGUCGAGGUAGUGCUGUCAUGGAGAUUUUGGAAGCCACUCAGUCACCUGACGUAUUGCGUCUACCUCGUCCAUCCAAUAUGGAUGAUGAUCUAUGCAAAUUAUCUCAGGAGACAAGUUCAUUUUGAUGAUCUGAAUUUCAUCUACUUGUUCAUCGGAAAUUUAGUGAUAUCAUAUCUUAUCGCCUUCUGCCUGUCUUUGCUGGUUGAAUCGCCGCUCUUAGCGCUGGAAAGGAUCGUCUUUAAAGGUCGCACCAGACCCAGAGGAAUAUGGAACUUUGCACCGAGCAGGAAGGCAUAUUUUUAAUGUUGUGCGAAAGAAAUGUAUCAUCAGCUUGUUAAUUGUUUAAACUGUCUACACGUUAUGGACUAGCUUUACGUCAAAAUAAACCUAUUAUCAGAUAUAUUUGUGCUAUCAUCUCGAAAUACCAACCAGCAAAUCUACGUCGAGUGCCAUAGAACAGGAAAUAUCAGCGGUUGAAUCGGCCUGGGUUUUCAGUUUAUUUGCUGUCGUCUGCUAUAGCCGCUUUGGUAACCAUAGCGGACAGUGAUUUGCUGACACUGUCCGAAUCCCUACACUGGAGACCAUAUCUUAACAACAGUGUCACCGACGGAGUUCGAACUCGGGAUCUUCAAUGGUACAAGACGCUACUGAUUUCCCCAUCCCACAUAGUCAAUCACUUAUUCAUGUAAUUUGCUCAUUGAUUUGCACGUGCUAUGCAGCGAAAGAAAAUAGGCAACCGAGUUAAACUUUUUUACGCCCAAUUUGUUUUAGAAAUUGCAUGUCGAACUGGCCAUUGUUAUUAAAAAAUUGCUAGCUUUCUUAUAUUCCAAUUAUAUUUGGUUAAAAUACAAAGACAUAAGAAAGCGGAGCAGUACGAACGGUACGCAGAGUAUACGCAGCCGUUUAAUUCACGCCUUAUGUUUUAACUUGGCCGCUCAGAACUCCCCAUUUUUAUACACGUUCCGUGAUAGGGUUCCUUUAACUGGUGUCUUGCUAAGAUGUAUUAUUUUUAAUCAACGUUCAUAGGAGAAAAAAAAUCGACGACGAGGGUUCGCUGACACGCAUGGUGCCUCGCCCAAUCGACUCAGACUCCUGUCAGGUCAACUUUAAAUUCAUGUGACUCGCACACUAUUCAUCAUGCACGUUGGACGACGCUGUUAACUCGAAUUUUGCUAGCGCUACGACUUACUGUAAACAAAGCUAGUCUUUUCUGGCUUUUUGUCCUGUAUUUACAGCCAUUUUGUCACCAUAAAGGUCAGCAUAUCACGUCUGACAUUGACAACACGGAUA